GUCCUGAUGCUGAUCGGCAGUGAGGUGGUCACGAACACCUACGCUAAUGGGCGGACUGGUAUGGUGGUGCCUGGGCUGGCGUCUCAGGCCUCCGACCCUCCGAUGCAAGGCAUGCAUAUGAGGAUCAGCUCUUCUUCUUCAGCUCGUCCAGCAAGAUCUGAUAUUCCAUUCUUCUCUUCAUCAUCAGCAAACACGUUUCCAUUAAGUAUGGUGACAAUCUCUUCCACCAGUGCAAGUAACUCACAAAUGGUUACGACAAAUUCCAAUAGAUACAAAAAGCUUGUCUCUCAAUUUUCGAAGAGAGCGGAUACAGCAAGCCCCUUCAGGCCCCAAAAAGGUACACCCAUUACCUAUUCUGUCAUGAACAAGGAUACGAAAACCCGGUCCACUUCCCACGAGCUUAAAGGUAGACGCUAUCGUCGUUAUAUUUUGGAGCCAACCUCCACUAACAAUAGUGUUAUAAGCAGGACAUUUCAUCUUUUAGAUGAAGGGGAAGAAAAAAUCCAGUUAAGUGAGCGAUACAAGAAUAUAACCUUAAUAUUAGGGAACACGGGAGCUGGCAAAAGUACUUUCGUUCAGUGGAUCGCUGGGGACAAUAACAAGUUGAUAGCAAAAGAAGUAUGGGCGGGAACCGGACAGUACCUCAUUGAGGAUGGAAAUAGAAUUGGUAACUCAACUUUAAAAUCCAAGACAAUUUUCCCUGAAUUGGUAGUUCAUUCUGUGACGGAUACUGCCUUUUACGAUUGCCCUGGAUUUAGUGAUACAAGAAGCAGCAGUAUGGAAAUAGCUAUCACCUACUUCAUUAAAAAAGUAGCAGAUUAUGCUGAGCGUGUUAAAUUGAUCUUUGUUGUUAAUCAUUCAUCGGUUGAGAAAGGAGUAGACAGACAAGAUUUCUUGAAAUUAAUCAGACAUGCUACUGAUUUUAUUCAAGAUAUUGAUAGAUAUCGCCGAAGUAUAGCUAUUAUGGUAACAAAAGUUGAUAACAUUUAUAAUAAAGUUGGAAGAAAUAAUUUUCAUUUGGUAUCAGAUGGAGACGUUAUAAAAGCUAUCGGUAGUUUUUUAGAGGAGGUCCAGCAGGAGCUCGUGGAGCGAUUAGGUGGCGUAGGUGUUCCUGAUGAACAAAAGAUAUUUUAUACGCAAGCAUUAAAGUUUGUGAACACUUUAUUAAUCAAGGAUGGUGAGCAGUUUUUGAGGAUAGGCAUAUUCAGAAGGCCAGAUGAGCCAGGCCCUCUGAGUAAUAUAACUCUCUUACAAGAGGGAAAGAGGCAUAUAGAAAGGAUAGUGAAUGAAAACCUUGGGUUCACCGCAACACAUGAUGAUGACUUUGGGUAUACCAUAUCUGAUACGUCCAAGGUUGCUGUAGGUGCGCUGGCAGUAGGAAUUAACGACAAUGUAUCCUCUUAUCUCCUCACCAUCGCUGCCCGCAUGCAGGAGCAUUACAACCAUUCAGUAUUAGAGAUGCGUAGUAAGCUACUCUCUAUGUCUAACAUCGCCGCAGCCGUUGACGCAGAUCCAGUAGAGGCUGGAAUAUUUAUAGAUUCUUUCAAUUUGGGAUAUACCGUCACGACUAACCUAAUGGAAGAAGUUGCUAAUAUAACAACAGACCAGUUGGCUGAAAAGAUCAACAAGAGCCUCACUAUAUUAAGUAUAGGUGGCUGUGAUGAGGCUAUGUUAAGAAUAGAACAGCAAGGUAAGUAUUUUGCAUUCCUGCAGGUUAUGAGUGAUAGCGCAUUAGGUUCUAGGGCUUGGGGUGACUUGUUGCAACCCAUUGCUCAGUAUCUCUCCAACUCAAGACGUGAAAUUCAGAACAAUAUUAAUGAUGUCUCAGAAAAAAUCAAUGUUCAAGUGGAAAAUAAUAUAUAUAAUAUUGCCAAAAAAGUUAAGGAAUAUUACCAAAGUAAAAUGCGUUACGUGGUAAUUCAGCAAUUAUCAGAUGAAAUAAAAUUUGGACAUGCUUGCAUCAUGAACAUGACAAAAGAAAUGGAACAAUUAAAUACAACCCAAGAUUUGGCAAGAAAAAUUCCAGAGCUUAUAUCAGAAGAUGGUCCCUUCAAAAUCAGCCGUACCAUAAACCAUAUUUCCCGACAUGGAAAGUACUUAACGUUCUUACAAAUUAUAAGCAACAAAACGCUAGAUACCUCAUCACCAUCUCAAUUAAUAAUUCCACUCAAUGAAACAGCGACAUACCUCAAGGAAUCACAAGGUUGGUACGAAUUCUUGACUAAUUUGUAUGAAAAGUUAUCUACAUAUGACGUACAAAAAAAUAGAAUGAAAUACAACGUCGCCCACAUUGCGGACUGGGGACAAGAGGGUAAAUUACAAGGAAUAUCAAUAACGCACCAUAACUUCCGACAAUUUAUGGAAAAAAUUAAAGAAUUUCAUGUAAUAGGAUAUAAUGAAGUAGCAAACAUAGCAGCUGAUGAAUUACGCGUGGAGGAAUUGAAACAAGUAGCGAGUCUGACGCUGGACGGCAGAUUGCAUGCCUUAUGCCAAUCAAAUAAACUCACAAUAAAAGGAGGUUACAUAAGACUUAGUGAAGUAAUAGUGGAAAUUGGGAAUUGUAAACAAAACAGAACAGAAAUAUUUGCUUUGAACAAAAUUUUUGUCGACGAAAACCUAAAUAAAGAAGGGGAAAAGUUCAAACUCGUAAUGAUAGCCCCGACAUGGGAGGUAAUAGGUCGUAGAACAAUAAACUUGAGUGGGGCUGACGCUCCGCCACAUAAUCCACGUAAGGCAAGUGACGGCGAGGUGGACGGGAGGCGGGGAGCUGACGGUAGGCCUGGCUUGCCUGGAGGACCAGCUGGCAGUUUCUUUGGCGUAGGCACAACAUUCUUAAACGGAAAUAUGUUGAAUAUUAUGGCUAAUGGAGGAAAUGGUGGUGAUGGUCAGGAUGGUGGGAAUGGUGGAUCCGGCCGCGCAGGUGAUUCUCCAAUAGAGAGUAUAGGACACUAUAAUGGAAACUAUAAAUGCGACAAACUCUGCGUUGACGGCCGAGCGGAAGUUUCAUUCGACUGUGAUUAUAUAUAUUUGGUCAAAAAAACGAGCCAUAGUAAAACUGCUUUAAAUAAAAUUAUGUUGUAUGGCCCUCCUCCGCCCAGACUUAAUUAUCUAUUUAGGUACACUAAGACUAUUGCUAUUUUUGGCAAUAACGGCGAACCUGGUGGAAAUGGUGGGGAUGGUGGGCGAAAUGGAUACGGGGGUAAAUCGGGAGAUGUAAAGUUAAUUACGCUGGGUAACGAUUUAGGGAUAUCAAGUAUCAAUAACAAUGGAAGAGAAGGAACAAUGGGCAGAGGUGGUGAAGGAGGGGAUGGUGGUAGGGAUGGAUAUUCCAUAUGGCUUAAAUGUACUACUAUAUUCGGCAUUUUAUCAAUAUAUAGACGCGACUAUUUCGAACUAUUUAAGAGAUUUGAAGAAGAUCGCGGAUACGCUCAAUCUGGAAAUAAUGGAAGGGUCGGAACAGAUGAAGCAAACAUCCAUAACCCAGAACCUGGGGCCAUCAUUGAUAAUAAAACUGAGAUUAUCAACGAUUAUAAAAGUUAUGCGAGAGAAAACUUACAUGUUGCUGUUGGUGGCCGUAUUAGGAGACACUAUCUAGUGCAAUUUUUCCGUGAAUUGGAUACUAGUAGAGAUAUUAAACGCAUGUAUGAUGUGUCAGGAUUAGUAGGGGAGCAUCGAGGCUUAGAGAGGCAGUUUCGUCGCUUACAAAAAAGAGAUUCCGUAUUUUUUUAUCAAUCAUUAUUAGAUAGGAUUAAUGAAUAUGCAAAUAAUACGGACGAUAACCAAAGAUCCUUGGAGCAUAAUAAGACCCUCGCCUAUAUGUAUACAGCUGUUUUGAGCAAGUUAUAUGCUUUAAAAAGUGAUUCAGAUACUACAUUGAUCAUAGAUAUAAACGGGUACCUUGAUAUAGUGAUGACCGAUAUCAAUAAUUUUAUUCAAUUAAAGGAAAAAUAUAACAUGGUCAACACAAUAAAUAAUUAUAAGAAUCAAUAUAAAGCCAAUAUCGAUAAAAAAAUUGAGGAAUCCAAGCGCUUCAUCGAAGAGGAGAUUACACCGGCCAUUGAUCAACUGCACGCGCAAAUAGAUGAUAAAAUAGAGCUUCUUCUGGCUGAAAUAAAAGAACUGCAAAGAGAGGGUGAAGACAAGAGAGAAGAAUUGCGCAAGAAAGAGAAAGAAUUAGAGCAGACGGUGGUCCUUAAAGGGUUGUUUAGUUGUUUCAAAAUUGUAGAGCAAGCAGCAAGUUUUUUAGGACCUGCAGGAGCGGCGGCAGGUGCGUUCCUUGGAGCCGCAAAUUCCGUAACGGAAGCUUUCGUUUUCGGCGAUCAGACCGCAGAGCGGCAACCUCUAUCAUUGCCUGCUGGUGUAACGGCUGACGUAAGGCUUUUGAAAGCUCAAGUUAGAAGGGCCAAGGAUAUUAAAGUGACGAGAAAUAAUCGAAUAUUAGACGACAUAGCUCAUGAAAUCGAUCCACAUCCAUUGUUGAAGGAUGUUCGUGAAAGUAUAGCAAGAAGCAGGCGUGAGAUGAUGGAAAUCCGCAAUCGAGAGGGAGCUCCAGGGCUCGAAGAGCGGUCUGAAGAGCACGUGGCCAAAAUUAAGGAAGAACUAAAGGCAAAAGAAAUCGAACUAAAGACGGAAAAAAAUAAUGAUAAAGAAGGAGCCGCUGAGGCGCUAGGUGCUAUAGAUACCGUUGAUCGUCUAAUUCGUAUUAGUGAAGUGAGCUUGGACAUUUACAGUAAACACAGAAGUGAUCGAUCAAAUCUUGAUACGAUGAGUAAUGCUGUUCAACAAGCAGAAGAAAAUCUACAGAAUCUUAAACAAUACGAAGGCAAAAUCUAUAGUACAAUAACACCUAUAUUAAAUAACAUGGCAAAGGAUCUCGAGGAGGUAGAAAAUACGUUGGGUACAAAAUCUCAGGUGUCACUUGACGUAACCAAAUGGCUGGUACAAAGCUCGCUCAGAGACAUAAAACUAUCCAUGCGCCAGUUAACCAAAGGGUUUAAAAUAGAAGAAGACUUGGCACGUUGUAUUGAAAAGUUGGAAGAAUCCAUGACCACCUUAAUCCAUGUAUACGAUCGCAUACAAGACUACCAACAACAACAAAACUUAGCUAACUAUAUUGCUGCAGUAGCUGCUCCCCAUGGUCCUGAUAAUGAUGAUCAAAAGGAAUUAGAAAUACUCAUCAGGUCUAACCUUAUCCUGACGCAGUACGUAACCGCUGUUGAUGCAUUGAAGCAGUGGGUGUUUCCGUUCACUGGUCUCUAUCUUGAAAAGAUUAAUUUGCCAUCCCAUUUGGAGUUUAACUACAGCAACAUUGAAGAUUCAGCUGCUAAAGUGAAGGAGAAAAUAGAACAGAUAAAAUCGCAAGUACAUGAAUAUAUGACAGCUAUUCAACAUCAUGACCGACUUAUAAAUGUAGGGCUGUUUAAUAGCAUCCAUGUUUCUUCCCAUCCGUUUUUCGUAUGGAGAAAUGAGCACCGCAAAACGGAGGUGCGCAAGCUACUGUCGGGUGAAGCAAUAUUCCUGAAAGCUGACAUAAGAGGCAGUGCACCGGACAAAGAUGCCAUUAAGUUUAAUUUACUUGAACUUAACCUCAAAGUAGCUAAUGCAACCCGGCAGAUUGAAGUGAACGAUGACCUGAAAGGCUUUAAG